UUAACGUGCAACUAUCGCGAACCGAACCAAACGGAACUAGUUCAUUUCAUCGGCUCUCAUAAAGGCCUGACAACAAAUUGUUUAUGUAAUUGUGCAACAGCUGUGCGAGAAUAUUGGAAACAUGUUUGGCUUAACGUUUCGACAAUCUGUUCGAAUUUCAGCACAGAAAGUAAAUCAACUACUAAGCACAAGCGGCACAUUGUUCAAUAGGAAUCCCGAGACAAACAUGUCGCAGGAGGCACAGUAUCCACCUAUAGAAACGGCAAUGAGGAAAGCGCUAACAGCGGAGCUUAAUCCGGUUUUCCUGGAUGUUACCAACGAAUCGCCAAUGCACAACACUCCCAAGCAAGCUGAAUCGCAUUUUAGAGUGCUUGUCGUAUCCGACAAGUUCAAUGAUUUGACGCUCAUUAAGCGCCAUCGACUGGUAAAUGACACUAUUAAGACUGCGUUGAAGGCGGCCGGAUUCGAAUUCAUGCACGCACUCUCUAUUGAGGCGAAAACACCAAAGCAAUGGGCGCCCGAGCACGAGCCGGAAAAAAGUCCACCAUGUCUAGGUGGUUUUGGUAAAUAAAUGGCGGCUCGAUCUAGGAGGGAAACCAACGGAGUUUAAUGUACAAACGGAAAAUCACUCAAACCAUAGUUACAAAAGAAAAUAUAUAAAUGAAUAAAUAAUGAUUAAUUGAAA